AUGUCUUGGCAAGAUUGGGAGAAUUCCUACACGGCAUUCAAAGCCUUCUUUGAUGGUGGUGUCACCAUUCUUAGAUCCAUUGAUGAACUUCUUCCGCUUUGCCACAGAUUCGAUGGUUAUGCAACAUUCCAAGGCGCCCUUGUGUAUCCAGAGACGGUUGGAGCCUUGAAAAAGUUCAUGGACAAAUACGGGAGUUUGCUGGAAGCUACAGAUGUCACCUCCUCUUUCUCAAGGGGUACUGCCCUUCGAGCGCUUGGCUUAGUACUUCAUGGGAUGGACACCAUGCAACUCCUUGAUAUUACAGAUCAUAAACUGCUCUGUUGGCGAGAUGCAAUAUGCGAGGCCAUGAUUCUGGGCUUUCCCUGUGGAAUUUCUCCUUAA